CGAAAGAAGAAGCACCACACAACAAAAAACAAUAGUGAAAGAUUAAAUAGUAGACCAAGCCAAGACCUUCGGAAUGGGACGGAAGAAGGGAACAGUUGAGUUCGAUGAAACGGCGCCGGAUGACUUCGAUCCAUCGAAUCCGUACAAGGACCCGGUGGCGAUGCUGGAGAUGAGGGAGCACUUGGUGAGAGAAAAGUGGAUCGCCAUCGAGAAGGCGAAGAUCUUGAGAGAGAAGCUGCGCUGGUGUUAUCGCAUCGAAGGCGUAAACCAUCUCCAAAAAUGUCGCCAUCUCGUUCAACAGUACCUCGACUCCACUCGCGGUAUCGGAUGGGGCAAGGACGGCCGUCAUCCUUCUCUCCACGGUCCAAAGGUGGAGUCGGCUGAAUCUGAAGAAUGAGAAAUUUUUGCCUUUGGAUUGAAUAAUAAGGUGAUUGCACUUGCCCAAUAUAGGAAUGGCUGAAAUGGACUGGAGAGUGGGCCGGUUUACAUACCAGUUGUUCUUGUCUUUUGUUCUAAUUAAAACAUUUUCUCCUUUUCUUUUCUUUACUUUCAUGAUAUGUAUGGUGGGUAGAUGCUACCCGCAUCUGCUUGUGUCUCAACUGUUAGUGUUAGUUAGCAUCCAGGUAUUGGUUGCAAUGCGGACUCUGGCAAGAAAUGAAAAAGUACAUCAGAUUGUGUUAAUAAAAUUAUUGUCAUUACUUGCUUCAA